AUGGCCUCGUCCAUUCAUUUUCUGGAUUUGAAGGGCAAGGCUCUGCUGUCGCGAGACUAUAAGGGCGAUAUACCCAAUGGUGCACUAGAGAAGUUCCCCGUCUUGCUGGUAGACCACACCAACACUGGGCUCGGCUCAGAUGAGACUUCGUUGCCGCCUGUUCUGUACGACAACGGCAUCAAUUAUAUCUACGUGGUACACAAGGAUCUCUACAUCCUGGCGAUGACUAGGGAGAACACCAAUGUGUUUGCCAUAAUGAUCUUCCUGAACAACCUCGUCAAGGUGCUGAUCAACUAUUUCAAGUCUCUUCAGGAGGAGGCGAUCCGCGACAAUUUCGUGAUAAUGUACGAGCUCUUGGAUGAGAUGAUGGAUUUUGGACUUCCCCAGAUUACAGACCCGAAGAUUUUGAAGGAAUAUAUCACGCAAAAAUCAUACACCUUGGAGGAAGCUUUGGGCCAGAUCCGCGCCUCUUCUACAGGGCAACAAGCUGCGCCAAAGUUGCCGCCUUCCACAUUGACCAAAUCUAUCAGCUGGAGAUCCGAGGGCAUUGUAUACAAGAAGAAUGAGGCUUUCUUGGAUGUUAUAGAGUCGAUCAACAUGACGAUCAACGCCAAGGGCCAGACGCUGAGUUCGGAAAUUCUGGGCAGAAUCAAUGUCAAGAGCAAUCUAUCUGGUAUGCCUGAUCUGCGGCUGGGGCUAAAUGAAAAGUUCCUGAAUAGUGGAGCCAGGUUGGCAGAGUCUGGUGCCGGUGUUGCUUCAGACCGCGCGGUGACGAACGAACUGGAAGACGUCAAGUUUCACCAGUGCGUGAGGCUGUCGAAGUUCGAAAACGAGAAGAUCAUCACGUUUGUUCCUCCAGAUGGAGAGUUUGACCUAAUGACAUACCGAAUUCUGUCUCCGUCCAUCAACCAAUUGUUUGUGGUGGACUACAAGAUGCAGAACCAUUCCAACACAAGGCUGGAAAUUUUACUUAAGGUGAGGACCAACUUCAAGCCAAAGUUAGUCUGCAAUAACCUUGAAAUUUACAUUCCUUGUCCAGAUGACAUCUCGUCACCAAAAUUUGGCCGCACAAAGGGUUCCGUCAAAUAUCUGCCCGACAAAUCGUGUCUGUGCUGGAAGUUCAAGUCGAUCAACGGUGGUAAGGAGUAUUCCAUGAUAGCCGAGCUCCAACUGCCUUCAGUCCACAGCGGUGACGAAUAUCAAUUGGAGAGCUUCAGAAAGAGACCCCUCAAGCUCAAUUUCCAGAUCCCAUACUACACCACUUCGGGACUCCAAGUGCGCUAUCUUCGAAUCAACGAGUCCAAGUUGAACUACCAGGCCUAUCCUUGGGUCAGGUAUGUUACCCAGAGUGGCGAUGAUUACGUGAUCAGGGUCAGUUGA